AUGGUUAAUGCCUGGGAGCUUUUUCCACAAUCCAAUUUUCAAAUUAUCGAUAUUCGUGAAUAUACAUUUAGUAAAGAAUCAUUAAUUGAAGAAAUCAUUAAUGGUUUAAAUAAACCUGAAAAUGUCAUAAAAACCAUUCCUACCUUUUUGUUAUACGAUGAUAGAGGGUUACAAUUAUUUGAUGAAAUUACUCACCUCAAAGAAUAUUACCUAACUAAUGCAGAAAUCGAAAUUUUGAAAAAUGAGGCGGAUCGUAUUGUUGAUCACAUCAAAGAUAAUAGUGUGGUCAUUGAACUUGGUUCAGGAUCGCUACGUAAGACCAAACUAAUUCUUGAUUCAUUGGAAAAAAAGAAAAAAAAUAUAACCUACUAUGCUCUUGAUCUUAUGGAAUACGAACUUAAAAAAUCUUUAAGUUCACUUGGAAAUUACGAAAACAUUAAACUUAUGGGUCUUUGGGGAACUUAUGAAGAUGGGAUCAAAUUUAUUAGUUCUUUAAGUGAUAACAAUAACUGUGCUAAUGGUUAUUCUAAUGGCGAUUCUAAUGGUAGUUCUAAUGGCGAUUCUAAUGGUUAUUCUAAUGGCGAUUCUAAUGGUAGUUCUAAUGGCGAUUCUAAUGGUUAUUCUAAUGGCGAUUCUAAUGGUAGUUCUAAUGGCAAUAGUGGUGGUAAAUUGUCUAAAACAAUUUUAUGGUUAGGUUCAUCAUUAGGAAAUUCUACCAGAGAAGAUGGAGCGGAUUUUAUCGUAAGGCUUCAAAAUCAAUCUAUGGAUCCUGGUGAUUUAUUUUUGGUUGGUAUUGACAGAAAAAAUGAUCCUGAUAAAAUCAGAAUUGCAUAUGAUGACCCUAAAGGUGUUACAAGAGACUUCAUUAUCAAUGGGUUAAAUCAUGUUAAUACUAUUCUUGGUCAAAAAAAUUUCAUUGAUCCUAAUGAUUUUGAGUAUGAUUCAUUCUAUGACGAGAUCGAAGGUAGACAUGAAUCUCAUUAUAAAUCUAAGAAAGAUAUGACGUUGAAAUAUAAUCACCAACGAGGAGGAGAAGAGAAAGAAAUUGUAAUAAAUUUGAAAAAAGACGAAUUGAUCCAUGUUGAAUAUUCAUAUAAAUACGAUGAAAAAAAUCUGGAUCAACUUUUUCAUAAAGUAAGACUUUCUCAUGUUGAAAGUUGGACAGAUACACAAUCUCAAUAUGACCUCCAUCUGUUAAGUAAACCACCAUUUUAUUUUAGUCACGGUAGCGAUGAUGUUUCGUCGCGAGAAUUUAUACCAACAUUAGAAGAAUGGAAAGAAUUAUGGAAAUCAUGGGACACAAUAUUAAUGAGUAUGAUCUCAUCCAAAAUGCUACUUGAAAAACCUACCGACCUUAGAAAUCCACUUAUAUUUUAUUUGGGACAUGUUUCAGCAUUUAUGGAUAUCUAUCUUUCCAAAUAUCACAAUGAAAAAAAUACUGAACCAAAAAAUUUUAUAGAAAUUUUUAAAAGAGGUCUUUAUUCCAAUGCACAUUCAGUAACACCAGUUGAAUGGCCAGGAAUUGAUAAAGUUAUAGAUUUUCGUGAUAAAGUUAGGAAAAGACUUGUUUCUGUAUAUGAACAAGUGCAUGAAGGAAAAAUAACCAUGAAAAGAAGUUUAGGAAGAAUGUUAUCAAUGGUAUUCGAACAUGAAGCUAUGCAUCUUGAGACGGUUCUUUAUAUGUUGAUACAAUCACCGUCUACUUUACAGCCUAAAGGAGUUGUGAUACCUAAAUGGAAAGAAGCGAGCACUCCAGCACCAGAACCUAAAUUGACAACAGUUCCAAGACAAACUAUUACACUAGGUCAUGAUAACGAUGAAUAUAAAGAUGAUGAGCAAUAUGAUUUGUGUAAAGAAUUUGGGUGGUAUAAUGAGUCACCUAGAAGAGAAGUUAGUAUUGAAUCUUUUAAAAUCCAUUCAAGGCCAGUGACUAAUGGAGAAUAUCUUGAAUUUAUGAGGGCAACAGUUAACAAAGAAUACCCAGCAUCAUGGGUUCCAAUUGAUCCAUCACUAUUCGAUUAUAAAGUUAGAACAUUAUUCGGACCAAUUAAAAUGAAUGUUGCAAUGAAUUGGCCAGUUAUGUUGAGUCAAGAACAAGCAUGGUUUAAGAAAUGGCAUCCAGUUGAUGUGCCAAACAAUAGUGAUAAAAUUCAAACAUUAGGAUCUGGAUGGGAAUGGACAUCAAGUGAAUUUGUUAAACACUCGGGACUUAAACCUAGUAAACUUUGUCCUGGUUAUUCGGCAAAUUUCUUUGAUGAUAAACAUGUAAUUUUGGGUGGCUCAUGGGCAACACAUCCUAGACUAACAAGAAGCACAUUUGGGAAUUGGCAUCAAGGAAUUUAUCCAUAUGGAUUUUGUACAGUAAGGUUAUGUCAA